GUCGAUCAAAUCAUUCCAGAAGCUGCUGUACGUCUGCCCGGACUUUGCGCGUGCCAAUGAAGUACACCUGCGGCUCGGGCUUAUGCUGAAGGUGAAUGGAGAUUACGAGCAAUCGUUAAAACACCUGCAACUAGCGCUGAACGACUCGUCCCCGUGCACCCUAGCGCAGCUUGAGAUUCGCUUCCACAUCGCGCAUCUGUAUGAGGUGCAGAGCAAGUACAAGUCAGCAAAGGAUGCAUACGAGCGGUUACUGACAAACAAGCAGCUGACGGCUUCACUGAAAGCCGACAUCUACCGGCAGCUGGGAUGGAUGUACCACACUGUUGACCUGGUCGGUGACAAGGUGCAACGUGACCGGCUCGCUAUCUACUGCCUACAGAAGUCGAUCGAGGCGGAACCACGAUCAGGCCAAACGCUUUAUCUACUCGGUCGGUGUUUCGCUGGCAUCAACAAGGUACACGACGCGUUCAUCGCCUACCGGAAUUCGGUGGAGAAAAGCGAAGGCAACGCCGACACAUGGUGCUCCAUCGGAGUACUCUACCAGCAGCAGAACCAGCCUAUGGAUGCACUGCAGGCCUAUAUAUGUGCCGUGCAGUUAGAUAAAUCACACUCAGCCGCGUGGACCAAUUUGGGCAUCUUAUACGAAAGCUGCAACCAGCCGCGGGACGCGUACGCCUGCUUUCGUAACGCCACUAUUAACCAGGACCAACAGAAGGACCGCACCGUGAGUGCAUGCGAAAAAGUCACGGUUCCUGCCGCCAGUUCGGGAAAAGCGAACGCAUCCACCGCACAGAGUGGUGCCACCGGAGCUUCGUCUAGCGGUGCAACCGGCACCUCCUCGGGAACAGCCGCAGCAGGAUCUGGAACGGCAACAGCGACGUCUGGAGGUGCUUCAUCGACCGGAAGUGCCAGUAACGUUGCUGCGUCUACGACCGACGGUAGUAGCACCAUCGCAGCCACUUCGUCGCUUGCUCCUGUGCUAGAAUCGGCCAGCACCACAAGUAGCAGCAAUCGAUCGCAAAGCCUUACCCAGCGUAUCAAGUUCCUGCAGCAGCACCUCGGUAACGCUCCUAUGCCGAGCAUAACGUCCAAACGGCGGCAGCUACCUUCAAUCGAGGAGGCGUGGAAUCUGCCCAUAUCCAAUGAGAUGAGCUCGCGACAGCAGCAGUCAGCCCAGGCACAGCAGCGCCAAUUCCAGAAAGGAUACGGACAGGGCGCCCAGUUUCAUCCGGGUCAGCAACCGCAGCAGCAAGUUGGCAGCAAUAAUGGACUACCAAACAAGCGCUUCAAGCCGGAAGAUGGACGGCCUGGAGCGCCCACAGGAGGAGUGGCCGCCGGACAACCGGUGCCCUCGUUUUACCUUAACCAGCAGCAGCUGUUGCAACUGCAGUUCCUGCAGAAUCAGAACAAUCUGACCGCUCAGCAGCAAGCUAUGCUACAAACGCUAGCCAACCAGCACCGUCUGAUGCAACAGCACCAGCACCUUCAGCAGAUGCGGCUUCAGCAGCGAAAUCAGCAGCUUCAGCAGCAGCUACAGCAGCAGCAACAACAACAGCAGCAACAACCUCCAUUUUCAGGGCAACAGCCGCCCUCUGGUGGUUUCGUUGUGGCCGCAGGCAAUAAAACGCCCCAAUCUGGCAUCGUCCCACAGACGGCGGCUGGAUUCGUUAACGAUGGUCACUUUUCGCCGGCCACUGGUCAGUCGCAGCAAACCGCUGGAAUGCCGUACAAAUCGGCUGGCGGUACGUACGCUCCGUCAGGAUUCCCGGUGCCGACUACCCAAACGAGCGGUUUCACUCAAAUCUCAUCAACCUCGAACAACAGUGCUGAUAUAGAGCUGCAGGCCCUGCUUUCGUCGAAGGAUGAUAAAGCAUCUCUUGCUGAAUCCCUGCUAAACCAACUUGGCUCAACGCCUAAGGACGCAAGCGGUGCAACAGAUGGUUCGUCCGGAACGACCGUUUCCGGAGCCAACACGAAAUCCCCACCGAUAAAAGCGGAAGCGACCUCCACAACGACGGCCGCUACCGGAGGUGUUAAGCGACAGCUAUCAGGCACCAAACAGGAUCUGAUAAAGUUUGAGCCGGUAGUUAAGAUCGAAAAGCUACCUUCGCCUUUGUCCGGAACCGACGGGUUUGCUGGUUCGGGCACAAGCAAUAGCGACUUCAAGAUCUCGAUGACUUCGAAGGAUGUCCAGCAGCUUGUGCGGAGGCAACGUACCAUGGGCGACCUAAAGGAUGUCCCAGCCGUGUGUUCCGUGCUUGCGUCGGACGCACCUCCUCCGUGCCCACCGGAUUGUCCCCCAACUCGGUUGACUCGCGAGCAGUUGCAACCUCCGACACCUUCCGUGUUUCUCGAGAACAAGAAGGACGCCUUUAGCCCGCAAUUGCAAGAAUUUUGCCUGAAGCAUCCCAUAGCGGUGGUACGUCAGCUUGGGGCCGCCCUUAAGCUCGACCUGGGCUUGUUCUCGACCAAAACGCUCGUCGAGGCUAACCCUGACCAUACGGUGGAGGUUCGGACGCAAGUGCACCAGUCGCCGGACGAGAAUUGGGAUGGCAACAAGAACUCGAAGGUGUGGGCUUGCAUUUCGCAUCGUUCGCAUACGACCAUCGCAAAGUACGCGCAAUAUCAGGCAUCAAGCUUUUCGGACAAGAUAAAGGAGGAGCGUGACAAGCUGGCCGGAAUUUCAACCGCUUCCACCAAUUCCGAUUCGGAUUCGAAGGAUUCUAUCUCGAACAGUGGCAGCGCGUGCGGUGGUGGUGCCGGUGGCUCCGGUGGAACCGGAAGUGGAGGCGCUGGUGGCAACGGCAAGCGCAAAAAAUGCAAAAACGGCAACAAGAUGCUGCGCUUCGGUACGAACGUCGAUCUAUCUGAUGAACGGAAGUGGAAAGCGCAGCUUCAGGAGCUGCAGAAGUUGCCUCCGUUUGCACGCGUCGUCUCGGCCGCUAACAUGCUGUCGCACGUUGGUCACAUGAUCCUCGGCAUGAACACGGUGCAGCUGUACAUGAAGGUCCCUGGCAGCCGAACACCUGGCCAUCAGGAAAACAAUAACUUCUGCUCCAUUAACAUCAAUAUCGGCCCGGGCGAUUGUGAAUGGUUCGCGACGCCCGAUUCCUACUGGGGUGGCAUCCAAGCACUGUGUGAGAAGAACAACAUCAACUAUCUGCACGGUUCGUGGUGGCCAGCGCUGGAGGAUUUGUACGCGGCGAACAUCCCUGUCUACCGGUUCACGCAGCGACCAGGCGAUCUCGUGUGGGUUAAUGCUGGGUGUGUCCACUGGGUGCAAGCAAUUGGAUGGUGUAACAACAUUGCCUGGAAUGUGGGUCCUCUGACCGCGCGGCAGUACCAGCUGGCGGUGGAACGAUACGAGUGGAAUAAGCUGGAAAGCUACAAAAGCAUUGUCCCGAUGGUCCAUCUGAGCUGGAAUCUCGCGCGCAACAUUAAGGUGUCCGACCCCAAGCUAUACGAGCUGAUCAAAACGUGCCUCAUGCAAACGAUCAAGCACUGCAUGCAGGUGUUGGAGUACGUUAAAUCCUUGCACAUGGAGGUUCGGUUUCACGGGCGCGGCAAGAAUGAAGCCUCACACUACUGCGGACAAUGUGAGCUGGAAGUGUUCAACGUGUUGUUCAUCCGUGAGCAAGAAAAGCGUCACAUUGUUCACUGUAUGGGUUGUGCACGCAAACAAUCGCCUGGCCUGCAAGGCUUCGUAUGUCUCGAAGAGUACACGUUAGACGAACUGAUGCAGGUGUACGAUGCAUUCGUACUGCACACACCGCCUCCUCCACUGCCACCGAUUGCCGCAUCUGGAGCGGGCACUAACACCACCACAGCCGGUCCUCUUCCAACGCAAUCCCCCCAACAUCAGCAUCAUCAGCAAACUGCCGCUUCGCCGGCUGGAAGUGGCGGUGCCAGCGGCACGUUGAUAAGCUUAAGCUCCUCUACUGCCACUGCCUCAUCGUGUUCAUCGUCGUCCGCCAUGAGUGGGACGGCUAGUGGCAACGGCGGUGGAUCCGUUCCGGUGUCAUCGGUUGCUUCGUAA